AUGGAUUCUUCGAAGCAGCUGAUAGGGGCAGCUUGGAUCCACCUACUGAACUUGCUGUUCGCGCAACAGAUGGAAAAACAUUUCGAAAGAGCAGGGGGAGAUGAGUGCGAUUGGUACUGGAUAAAUAUAGUGGUGGACUGCACGCUCGGCGUUGCCACCACGUACAUGCUGCUCCAGCUAUCGUCCAGGAUAAUACAGGCCUCUCUCCCAGAACAGGCUUCGGAUUUCAAGACCGGUGAGUACCGGGUCAAUGGCGGCAUAGAUGCUGCGAAGUACAUCAAGCAGCUGGCUGUGUGGCUCUUGAUUGUGAGCGCGAUGAAGGUGGGCAUGGCCGUUUUCAUGGCGAUCUUCCAUACGCUGCUUCUCGCCCUUGCUCGCUUAAUCCUCACGCCGUUUGCAUCCAGCCCGAAUCUCAAGCUGCUGGUGGCGAUGAUAGCUACGCCAUUUUGCAUGAACGCUCUUCAGUUCUGGCUUACUGACAACUUCAUCAAGAAGCAAGGUGGCGCGGCCGAAGUGGAUGACGACGACAUUGAGAUGGACGAGCGUGGGGGCCGCACCAAGAUUGAUCACGGAGAUCUGUAA